CGAUGGUGAUCUCGACGAUGACGAUCGACGCCGGGGUGCUAGACUCCACCUUCGUCUCCCGCUACGCCAGCACACCCCUCCCAAGGAACAAGAUGCCGGAGAAGCCGACGACGUGUGAUGCAGCAUAUCAAAUCAUCAGCGGUGAGUUGAUGCUUGAUGGCAAUCCGAGGUUGAAUCUUGCGUCUUUCGUCACGACGUGGAUGGAGCCGGAGUGCGAUAAGCUUAUGAUGGAGGCUAUCAAUAAGAACUAUGUUGAUAUGGAUGAGUACCCUGUCACCACUGAGUUGCAGAACCGGUGUGUGAAUAUGAUUGCCCAUCUCUUCAAUGCUCCAAUAGGGGAGGAUGAAACAGCUGUGGGGGUUGGAACAGUGGGCAACACUGAAGCCAUAAUGCUAGCAGGUUUGGCGUUCAAGAGGAAGUGGCAGAAUAAGAGGAAAGCAGAGGGAAAGCCUUAUGACAAGCCAAACAUUAUUACUGGUGCUAAUGUUCAGGUGUGUUGGGAGAAAUUUGCUAGGUAUUUUGAAGUAGAACUGAAGGAAGUGAAGCUGAGAGAGGGAUACUAUGUUAUGGACCCUGUAAAGGCUGUGGAAUUGGUUGAUGAAAAUACAAUUUGUGUUGCUGCUAUCCUGGGUUCUACUCUCACUGGAGAGUUUGAAGAUGUUAAACUACUGAAUGAGCUACUUACGAAGAAGAAUGAGGAGACUGGGUGGGAUACUCCUAUUCAUGUUGAUGCAGCAAGUGGUGGUUUUAUAGCACCUUUUCUGUACCCAGAUCUUGAAUGGGAUUUCCGUUUGCCCCUGGUAAAAAGUAUCAAUGUAAGUGGACACAAGUAUGGUCUUGUUUAUGCUGGUGUUGGCUGGGUUAUUUGGAGGAGCAAUGAGGAUUUGCCAGACGAACUCAUUUUUCAUAUCAACUAUCUUGGGACAGAUCAACCGACCUUCACUCUUAACUUCUCUAAAGGGUCAAGUCAGAUUAUUGCUCAAUAUUACCAAUUCAUCCGACUUGGCUUUGAAGGAUACAAACUCAUCAUGAAGAAUUGCGCAGAGAAUGCAAAAUCACUGAGAGAAGGCAUUGAGAAGACAGGAAAAUUUGAAGUUGUUUCCAAGGACAUUGGUGUGCCACUUGUUGCAUUCUCCCUCAAAGACAGCAGCAUUUAUAGUGUUUUUGACAUUUCUGAAAACUUAAGGAGAUUUGGAUGGAUUGUUCCUGCAUAUACAAUGCCAGCCAAUGCCGAAAACAUUGCUGUUCUUCGCGUGGUGGUUCGGGAGGACUUCAGCAGGAGCCUCGUGGACCGGCUCAUCACCGACAUUCAGAAGGUCUUGGCAGACCUUGUGAGCACAGUCGCUGCUACAAGUUCACUUGAAUCUACCAAAAAUGUCAAAGUAGCUGUGGUUAAGAAAACGGUUGAAGAAACUGUACAAGAGAUCACCUCAUACUGGAAGAAACUGGUUAAUAAGGAAAAGACUACUGGAGUUUGUUAAUGUGCUUAAGAGUUAAGCAAAUGCUGCUUUCUUAGCUUCUCUAUAUGAUGCAUGUACUCUAUUAUUUCUAUUGUAUCAGACCAAGAACUUAGGGGCCGUUUGGUUUCCGGAUUGAGAAUGGAAAGGAGUGGGAGAGUAAUGGAAAUGAGGAGGAGUGAAGGAGGA